GCGUCUAUAACCCUUACGAAAAAAAAAGCUUGCAAGCAGAAAUCUAAUUCAUCGUGGAUAAAUCUCAGCCGUUAAUUUCUUCCCGGUGCUUCGAAUGAACGAUGACACGCGUCGAGUGUUUGAAAUCUCACCGUUGGAUUAUCUUCCACGUGGCAAUCAUCCUACAGAGCAAAGCCAAUGCCCAAUCAUUCUCACCGAGCCCGCCUGAUUUGCAACCGGGUCACACUCCGUCGAAGACCACCGUCUUUGCCGUUCUCGUCGCCCUCUUCUUCCUCACCGGAUUACUCUCCGUCUAUAUCCGCCAUUGCACUCGUUCUAGUCUCGAUUCCUCCACCAGAUACUUCCGCCGCCGUGCUAACGACGGCUGCUCACGGCGAGGCGGACUUGACAACGCCAUCGUCGAAAGCUUCCCUGUUUUCGCUUACUCCACCGUUAAAGAAUCGAAGAUCGGAUCCAAGGAUUUAGAAUGUGCGAUUUGUCUCAACGAAUUGGAAGAUCAUGAAACAGUGCGAUUACUUCCGAUUUGUAACCAUUUGUUCCAUAUCGAUUGUAUCGACGCUUGGCUUUACUCGCACGCGACUUGCCCUGUUUGCAGAUCUAAUCUCACGGCGAAAUCUGAAAAACUCGACGAAGAAGACGACGGUGUUCCGAUACCAGCGACGAGAGAUCACGUCGUGAUUGACAUUGAGACCGUUGAGUUAGCGAAGAGCCACCACCGACGGUUGAGUUCUGAAAUCUCCGGUAAGUUUCCGAGAUCGAAUUCAACGGGUCAUUCGAUGGAUCGAUUCAGUGACGGCACUGAGAGGUUUACUCUGCGGUUACCGGAUGAUGUGAAGAGGCAAAUAAUGGCGGUGAAAGGACGUAGGCUGAAACGAACGAGAAGCUUUGACAUUGAUUUGACGGCGGAGAAGUAUUGCCGGAGCGGUGAGGAAAGCAGUUACAAAGUCGGGUCGGGUGAGAAGUCGGAUCGGGUCAACUGGCCGGAUCGAUGGGGGUUGACUUUGUUCGUUUCGAAGUCAAACUCGGGUUCCGUUAGAUCACAGAAAGCUAACGAUCUAAUGGGUAUGAUCAAAGACAAAGCUUCUCAAGGCAAAGCUGCUUUAGUUUCAUCAAACACUAAAAGCAAAACUGUUUCUUUCCAUCUCUCUGUCCUCCGUGCCACUACUCAUGACCCUUCAACGCCGCCGGGAAAUCGUCACCUCGCUGUUCUCCUCUCCGCCGGUACUGGCUCACGAGCCACCGCUGCUUCAGCUGUAGAAUCCAUCAUGGAACGUCUUCACACAACCGGAGAUGCUUGCGUAGCUCUCAAAUCUUUGAUCAUUAUCCAUCACAUCGUCAAACACGGUCGUUUCAUACUCCAAGAUCAGCUCUCUGUUUUUCCGGCUUCCGGUGGCCGGAACUAUCUGAAACUUUCUGGUUUUAGAGAUGAGAAAUCUCCUUUGAUGUGGGAGCUUUCUUCUUGGGUCCGAUGGUACGCUUUAUAUCUUGAGCAUCUAUUAUCAACUUCAAGAAUCAUGGGAUUUUUCAUUUCUUCAACAUCGAGCACAAUUCAUAAAGAGGAAUACGAAGAAAUGGUUUCUUCUCUUACCAACUCUGACUUGCUUCGUGAGAUCGAUGCGCUCGUUGGUCUACUAGAAGAAGCAUGUAAAAUUCCGGAUCUACCCUUCUCCGGUGGCAAAUCUCUUGCAGACAAAAUCACUCAUUUGGUCGGAGAAGACUACGUGUCUUCGAUCAACGAGCUUUACACGAGAUUUAAAGAGUUUAAAGAACGAUCCAACACUUUGAGCUUUGGAGAUACGAUUGAGCUUGUCUGUGCUUUGAAGCGGCUCGAGAGUUGUAAAGAGAGAUUGUCUGAAAUCUGCCAUGGGAAUUGGAAGAGAGGUUGGAUCGAUGGGUUCUGGGGUUUGGUUCUUGAGGUUAAGGGUAUAAUUGGUAAUUUAGAGGAUAAUUAUGGGCAGAUUGAGAAAUCGAUUGUUGGGUUUGGGACGAGAGAAAAAGGAUACGAAUCGGCUCGGUUUACUGAUCGGUUAGUUAUCGGUUAUGGUGAUGCUGUUCGGUUUUCUUCAGGUAGAUUUUCGAAUGUUGAUCGGUUUAAUUUCCCGGUUUCUAAUGGACGACUUUGAUCUUCUUGUGAAUUUUUAUUUUUGUUUUUUGGUCCGAUGUCUUGUGAAUUUUACAAGACAAUCUUAAAUGAGGAAAAAAGUCCUAAACUUGAGAUUUUACUUCCAUGAUUCCAUCUGUUGGGCAACACUUACACAUAAACUUGAGCUUUUGAU